UUUGUUAGCUCGUUUGUUAGUGACACUGUGACUAAGCAAAGUUUGGAUCAUAGACUACGUUACUUGGCACUUGCUCAAAACUCGCUGAGUCCCAGGAAGAUGAGUUCUGUUCCUGAACUAGAUGAGAAGGAAAGGAUGAUCAAGAGUGAUGAUCCGCCUUCAAGAUUAGUUACUGUACCAUUAACUCAACAGCAACAAUCACAGUUUCUAAAUUAUGUACCAAGCCUUCAAGUUCCGCAGGAGUUCAUUCCAAAUGAUUUCUUUCUUCCAACAUUUGUCAUUACAAUAGCAUGUGGCGUCGUCAGUGUUUCAACUCUCCUUUUUACUAUUCCGGCAAUAAUCUGUGCAACGCUUUCGUGGAUGAAAAAAAGACAAGGUAUUCAAUUUCAUCGUUCAGCAAAAACAUUUGGUAAAGCAGCACUUAUACUGGACGUUGUUGUUUUACUGUGGAUGCUUGGCUGGGGAAUUUUAGUAGUAACAUAUGUUACUGCAGCAUAUUACAUAUUCAAUGUUCUUGAAGCUGAUGACUUUGGCUGUGGAGGUGAUGUUCAUAUUGAAACUCCUUUCUAUUAAUGACAUUUUAUUACAAACAUUUAUAUUUAAAAAAUAAUUUAUAAGCAGGCCAAAUACUGUGUCAGGA